GCAGGGCUCCUCUCCCAGCUGUCCUCCUGCAGCAGUCAUGUCAGAGGUCGUGUACCUGCCGUCCUUGUCACGCAGCAGAGGAACAACUCCACCUCACCGAAGAUCAAGGUGGAGUUUGACCAGAGCAGAGGUGUGGCCAUUAUGCAAAUGCAGAGUCCUCCUGUCAACAGCCUCAGCUUAGAUUUCCUCACAGAGCUCUGCAUCAGCGUGGAGAAGCUGGAGAUGGAUAAGAGCUGCCGAGGCCUCAUCAUCACCUCGAGUCAGCCCAAGGUUUUCUCCGCCGGCCUGGACAUUAUGGAGAUGUACGGGAAGAGUCCAGAACGCUGUGGAGAGUUCUGGAAAGCAGUUCAGGAGAUGUGGCUGAAAAUCUACAGCUCCAACAUGGUCACCAUAGCUGCAAUCAAUGGUUCCAGUCCUGCAGGUGGCUGUCUGAUGUCCAUGACGUGUGACUACAGGAUAAUGGCGGACAACCCUCGUUACAGCAUCGGCCUUAACGAGACCCAGCUCGGCAUCGUAGCACCGUUUUGGUUUAAGGACACUAUGGUAAACACAGUGGGACACCGAACCACGGAGAUGGCCCUGGAGUUGGGUUUGCUCUACAGCCCUUCAGAGGCCCUCAAGAUAGGACUGGUGGACCAGCUGGUACCUGAGGACCAGGUCCUCACCACAGCCACACAGACCAUGACCAAGUGGUUGGCUAUUCCAGAUCACGCCAGACAGAUCAGCAAAUCCAUGAUGAGGAAGCCGACCAUCGACAAGCUGACGUCCAACAGAGAGGCCGACAUUAAAAACUUCGUCAGCUUCAUCACCAAAGACUCCAUUCAGAAGUCGCUGCACAUGUAUCUGGAGAUGCUGAAGAAGAGGAAAGGCUAAAGGAGAGAACAAUGUGAAGUCGUGCCUUCAGUGUCACGUGCCCAUUGACACUAAUGAUUCAGUGAGGAAUAGUAUUAUGUGUAGUCGAGUUAUAAACUAGUUGAGUUAAAAACUAGUAAAUCUCUUAACUGAUUUCUCUUUAUACCGUUUUCCUGCUUCUUGUGAAUAAAUUAAUCCGGUCAAUGGACUGAA